CCGCUGGCCAUCGCCGUGCGGGGCCUCGGCCCGCGGCAGCAGGUCACGCUGCGGGCGUCCUUGCGGGACGAGACGGGCGAGCUCUUCCAGGCCCGCGCCCGCUACCAGGCGGGGGACGACGGGGAGCUGGACCUCGCCCGCUGCCCCGCGCUGCCGGGGGGCAGCUUCUCCGGCCUGGAGCCCAUGGGGCUGCUCUGGGCUUUGCAGCCCCAGACGCCCUUCUGGCGGCUGGUGAAGAAGGACGUGCAGAGGCCCUUCCUCCUGCAGCUGGAGGUGUUGGAGGGCCACCGGGAGCCCCCCGGGCGGCUCCUGGCCCAGGCGCAGCAUGAGCGGGCGUUCCUGCGCGACGGGGUGCGGAGAGUCCCGGUGCGAGAGGGGAGGAUCCGGGCGACGCUUUUCCUGCCCCCCGGUUAG